AUGGCAACUCAAGAAUUGGAAUUGUCUCUUCUGUCAAGGUUCCAAGGAGUUUCUCUCGGAGCUUUAUUUGGGGACUGUUUGGGAGCUAAAUUUGAAACUAAUUGGAGCGUUUUGCCAUAUGAAAAAGUUAUCUCUUAUUAUGAAACAAUCAAAGAUAAGGUUGCUAUGGAAACACCAAAAGCUGAUUCUGGUUUUGUUCAUUACACUGAUGACACCUGCAUGACAUUUGACCUUGCUAAAUCGCUGACUAAAAAUAGGAAGUAUAAGCCACAAGAUGUCGCUAAGCGAUUUACAGAGACGUUUUUUGCUUCGCCAAAAGAAAGGAAUUACGGAAGACAUGUUGCGAAAGUCUUUAGUAAACUGAAAGAAAACAGUUGCCGUGGUGAUGUUUAUAAACCAGCAAGUGAACAGUUUGGUGGUUCUGGUUCCUAUGGAAACGGUUCCGCUAUGAGGGUUUCACCAGUUGCUUUGUUACAUCAUGAUAAUAUUAUCGAGAUGUUAACCUUGGUAGUUGCGCAAUCUAAGCUAACCCACACAAACCCAAGAGGAAUCAACGGUGCCGUACUACAAGCGCUUGCAAUUGAAAAAGCUAUGACAUCGGGAAAAAUUGAUAAUGCUAAAAUAUUUUGCCAAGAAUUAUUAGAUCAAUUUAAAGAAAUCACACCUAUUAAAGAAGACAUGGAAAUUUUUGAAAAUGGAAUGUCAAAUGUGAUGGAAUUACUUGAAAAAGAGAGUGAAGUUACACCAAGAGAAAUUGUCUCGAAACUUGGUACGGGUGUGUUAGCUAUCCAGGCCGUUCCGCCAGCAAUUUUCUUUUUCUUACACUCACUAAAAACUAACAAUGUUCCAACAUUAUCAACUUACAAUGGCAUGGUUAGAACUGUUCUUUACGCCACUUCUGUGAGCCACGACUCUGACACAGUUGCUUGUAUGGCAGGGGCAAUAGCUGGGGCAUAUUAUGGAGUGGAUUCUAUCCCAUCAGAAUGGGUCACAGCUUGUGAGGGUUCUGAUAAGGCUAUGAAACUUGCUAAUAAGCUGUAUAAAAUGAAUGAGAACAGUAGAAAGAAUAAAAAAUCUUGA